CUUGGUGUAAUAAUUGAAUGCUUCAGCGUAAUCCUUCUUGAUAUAAAAGGCAUUGCCUUGCUCUUUGAAGCCCUCUGCUUCCCUGUGUAAAGAUGGGCAGUAAGACAGAUACAAUAAUGGCAAAAACUAAGAUCAGUUCUGUUAUGGACAGAUCAUGACUGUACAGCUGUGUGACAGUCAGCCGGCUGGGUUUGUCCGACACGACUUCUUCUUUGCAAACAUUAUUCUAUUAACUUAAGUCCCGUCUGAGUACACAUGCAUAGUAACAUGUCAACAGAGCAUGUCCAGGACUGUCAGUGGACGCAUGCAUUUCAGAGAGCUUGCUGGCCUGAGUUGGCUAAAGAUAGAAAUAGCCAAAGCAGCAGGGCAGACGUGCCAAUCACACACGUAGUUAUUUUGUGAAGCAAAGAGGGAGCAGAGCCAGGAACAUAUGACACCAUGUUGUGGGCCACUGCCAUGACUUUUUCUGGAAGCCUUUCAUCUUUUACAUCACGACCACACUGUGACUUCAUGGUGUCAUUAUCUAGUUCGCCAGCUACUUCGAAUAUCGCAAUGUUGUUCACGCAGUACUCUCGGCCAGAUCAAUCGACUUUUACACUCGACGGGCAGAUUUGAAUGUAUCAUGGUGUGUCUGACAGCGAGCCAGACAAAUCCAGCACAUCCAGCUGAGUGCAGGGCAACCGAGCUAAACACGAUCCAGGGCAGCUAGCUAAACAGUGAGCGGUAGCGCGCUACUUCGCUUUCAUAGCGCGACGAGAAAUGUCACAUGUCACUGUCUUUGGAUGAAACAUGUCAGCAUGAUUCUCAAUUACAGAAGUGUUUCGGUCGCUGACAACAGAGGCAUAUCUAGUAUUACCUUUCUAAUUCUUCGUCACUUAGCAGUUCCAUGUCAGGGUCCAUAUCGCAGUCGUCCGUCGCCAUUUUGCCUUGAAUGAGGAGGGGCGGGGCCACAUCUACUGCAGAAGUUACGUACAGUGUAAACAGGAAGUAGCCCGUUAGAAUUUCUGACCCGAGAGUGAGUCAUGGGAAAAAGCUGUAAAGUGGUUGUGUGUGGCCAGGCUGCUGUUGGCAAAACGGCAGUUUUGGAGCAACUACUGUAUGCCAAUCAUGUUGCAGGCUCAGAACCCAUGGAGACCUUGGAGGACAUCUACAUUGGAUCCAUAGAAACUGACCGCGGCACAAGAGAGCAGGUCCGCUUCUAUGACACCCGAGGACUCCGUGACGGGAUGGAGUUUCCUCGACAUUACUACACUUUUGCCGACGGCUUUGUACUUGUCUACAGCAUUGACAGUAAAGAGUCCUUCAAGCGGAUGGAGGCCCUCAAGAAGGACAUUGACCGUCAGAGAGACAAGAAAGAGGUGACCAUUGUUGUGCUUGGUAACAAGCUGGACAAGCAGGAUGAGAGAAGAGUUGAUGCUAACCUGGCUCAGAACUGGGCAAAGAACGAAAAGGUGCGUCUAUGGGAGGUGUCGGUGGUGGACCGGCGCACGCUGAUUGAGCCCUUUGUUUACCUGGCCAGCAAAAUGACCCAGCCCCAGAGCAAGUCCACUUUCCCCCUCAGUCGUAAUAAGAAUAAGGGCAGUGGGUCUACAGAUAGCUGAGUGAACAGACACUGUAUUUAUGUUCAAGAGGGAAGAAAAAGGGAGAAGAGGUGUGUUGAAGGGAGCUUAGUUUUGCUAAUGAUCAAUUUUGAUACAAAGGAUCAAAGAAUGUUGAGGAGUGAUAAUGAAAGAAAAGGCAGAAUGAUUGUAUGGAUAUUUAUAUACAGUGAGAACUGUUCCUAUUGGCAUCUAUAUUUGAUGUUUUGGUGAAAUACUACUUUUCUUAUAAAUGAGUAAAAUGCUGAUUUUUGCCACAUUAGCUCAGAAAUUAAAAGCUAGGGAUUUUUAUUCGUCAUUCCCCAUUUUAUUAGGUUGGACUAUGACCAAACUAUUCACCCACAUUCUUCACAGUUACCACUGUUGAUAUCAGCAGUCAUAUUUGGACCCUCAUAAUGUAGUUUUUUAACUACUGACAAUCAACAUUUGGAUCUCAGUUUUAUAACGUUUUGGACUCGUGGCGCUCCCUGCAUAGAUCAAUUAGGACCUAGCACUUACGUUCACUGGCUAUUAUUUUAUUUACAUGUACGCUGCAUGUAAAUACACAGAGUGAAUCAUGAAUUGCAGCAGGCACUCGUUUUAGCUAACUACAUGGUCACACAAAUGCUGAAUUCCAGAUCUUUUACGAGGUGAAGGGUUUUUAUUGAUAGAUUAUUGAUGAUGCCAGUUACUUUUCUGUUUGUUGAUCUGGAGAUUCGUUACACUACAUAUCUUCUUUGCUUAGACUCAGUGUUGGAUGUUGUAGAGUGAAUAAUUGACAUUCCUUAUCACAUAUUGCUGUUAGCAAUUAAGAUAUGAGAUAUAAGAUGUUCAGACGGAAGGAAGUUUCUGCAGGCUCAGGUGCUACUUUUUUCUGGUUUGCAUCACAUGACUUAAAGCACUCUGCAUUGUAAAAUGCCAAUCACGACUCAUCAUAUGAUCAGUUAGUUACUGCUGAAGUUGAAGCUCGUAUGUUUUUUACUGAGCUGUAAAAUAAAACCCUAAAUUAUGACCAUUGAACUGUUUUUUUCAGGGUGCAACUUGAGUCAGACAAUGAGCAGCUUUUGAUUUGUUUCUUUUAUUGAAAAGAGGGCAUGUGUUGAUAUUGUCUUGAAUAUUCAUGUUUGUGCCUGUUCUAUCAACACUAUGUAUCAAAUGUGCAACUUUUUUGUGAUGUCAAGCUUUUAUGUAUUAAUAUCCAUAAAAUGAAUUCACUUGAUAUUUGUUUGCAUGUUUUGUAAACAAAUUAAAGGAUUUUUUUCUGUGCCUAAA